AUGGAAGCCACCGCAGGUCCGCCUUUGGACAUGGAACCAGAACCGAUGUCGCUCGAACAACUGGAGCAAAUCCUGAACAAAAACGAAAUCAUCGCGCCCUCAACGAUCGAUGCCAUUGAGUACCACGCGGCGGAACUUGGCCACCGGGUCACGGACAUCUACAAGACCUUGAACAUGAUUGUGCUUCGCCACGAAUCCUUGAUAAGAAAGAGAUGGAUCAAGAUGUCACGCAGCAAACGCCGUAGCGUACUACUCGCUGUCUCGCCAGACAUAUCCCAUGAUCAUCUCUCUCAAGCAGUGUUCGGCGCGUUUCCUUAUAAUACAGUCAACCUUAAGUGUCUUACACAGAGUAAACCUUUGCUUGCCUUCAUCCAUGCAAGAGGUCGCAAAUCGCCUUGGAACUUCGCAUCUAUCGAGGAAGAAUUUCUCCUACUUGCUAAAACAACUCCCUGUAACGAUCUUGAUUUUUGCAAUGGAACUGCUGUUAUGUUCUCCCGAGACGCCGAUCCCGCAACCUAUGGUAAGCUCGUUCGCGAUCGAAUCCCUGGACAAAACUUCCGUGCUACCGAGGAGUCUUUCGAGAUCUGUGCAAGAUCGAGUAUCCGGAUACUGCAGAUGCAGGAAUACAUACUCGAAUUUCUGCUUCGAUGCAGUACAGCGAUCUUGCAUGAAAUCUCAUGGGAUCAGUUGUUCGACUACGCUAUCCAGGACGAGCCUCCACCCGUAGAUUUGCUCGAAGACGACGAAGUUGGUCAUGCAACUUUCUCGAACGUCCUCAUGUCUGCUCCCUACUAUGGUUGGGACUCUCUCAACUUUGUAAGGCUUCGAGGCUACGUCAGUGCCAUCUUGGAUACUCAGAAAGAACACAUCCGAGCAAUGAGGGAGGACCCAGGUUACUUUGCGGAUACCCUCUUGGAAUUUGAACAGCAUGCACCCCACAAAGAUUCUAGCGCUACCCUCCAACCUUAUCAACGGGACGGCAUCGAUGCAUACCGGAGCAAAUGCAUAAUGUACAUUAUCGACGAGGCAAAUUGUAUGCUUUCAUAUUGGUCUGAGAUUGACCGUCGGUUUGCUCAGCUUCCCGAUAUUUUGACCAGCGAUAUGAGUCUUCAUGAUCACGUUCAUGCAGUCUCAGAGGCUCGGCUAGCAGUCAAAAGUACGAAGAACGUAGUCGCAACGAAGCUCAAAAUUGUCACGUUCAAUGCGCCAAAUAUCCGCAAAUUCUUUCACCCCAGAACUGAUACCAAAACGGGAAGGUCAUGGCAUGAGCCGAAGAAAGCCCUCGGUCACGUUCAGCAAGCGCUGUUCGACGCACUGGAAGGAAUCAGUGGCUUGACGGAUCUGGCACCUGUUGCUCUGGCACUGGAACGAUUGGACAAUCUGCUUCAAACAAGUUCUGAAGCUGGCAAGAUGAUGUCUAGUAGAAUGUUGAACCUGGUUACGGAUAUGUCCGUUCUCUUGGAAUGUCUUCGCCAGUUUUCGUUAUGGGAACGAUCACCGAAAGUCGUAGCAAGUCUCUGCCACCACAAGUGUACGCGUACAUUGACUCUGGAUACAGUCGCAGAGUUUAGCGAAUGGCACAUGAAAUUACUGGACUUCACUAUUCCGACGGAUUACGUACAGCCUUUCAGAGAGAGAUUGAACUAUCCAAUCCAUAAGCGAAGGACGCGCGAGAACGUCGAAACCCUGCGACAAGCCGAGGCCAACCUGGAUCGAUUCUGGGCUACGAUUGACAGCUUGUUCGAAGAUAGGACUGGGGUCAGACAGCAUCCACUCAUUUGGGAGUGCCUACAAGAAGGUGGGGCUCUUUACCGGACUCCUCCUUGGGUCGAUCCAGUCGCCAUCAAGCUCACACCGAAGGAGAAGCCUGAGUAUGUGUACCAGCCGCUCUCUCGCAUGGUACACAACAAGACACUGGAGAUCACGGGCGCAUUUGAUCGCAUGGUCAUCGAGGAGAAGACAAAGGCCAAGACCCGCGGUGAUACUGUUACCGCCGACCAUGACCUGGCCGCACUGCCACCCGAUAGCAACGCCACUGCCACCCCACAGCCAACCAUUCUUGUCGACCAGCGCGCACAUAAGGUCUUCAAGACACUCUUUCAUACACCCACUUCCGAGACUGGCGACUUACCCAAGGGCGUCAAGUGGGUCGAGUUCAAGCGAGCUAUGGCACGCGUCGGGUUCUCAGUUGAGAAACUCCAGGGCUCAGCCUGGCAGUUUGCACCUGGAGACGCAUUAGAUGCUGAUCGAAACAUACAGUUUCACGAGCCGCAUCCCGACAGCGACAUUCCGUACAUCAUGGCCAAGCGCUUUGGACGGCGACUAGCGCGUGUGUAUGGCUGGAGUGGAGACACAUUCAAGCUGGGAUAA